AUUAACGGUAACCGUUAAUCAAAAAUUAGUAAAUAAAUGAAAACGUCUACAAAUUUAAGAAACUAAACUUCGAACAGACGAAUUCUGACAUUAAAAUGAUGUGCUUUUACUUUUAGUACCUAUUUAAAAAAAGUUAUUUAUUCCAGUAGUUUUACUCACAUUUGUCGAGAUAAAAACGAAAUCAAAUUUGAAAAGAUGAAUGAGCAGAACAUCCCUAUAGAUAUACAUCUGAAUAAACUUCUUGAUUGGCUUAUUAGCAGAAGAAUAUGUCCUCGGGAUUGGCAGAAAAAUACCCUUGUUGUACGGCAGAAUAUUAAUAAUGCUAUUCAAGAUAUGCCUGCAGUUGAAGAAAUUGCAAACCUUCUAGCUGGGACAUAUAUAAAUUAUUUUCAUUGCCAACGUAUUGUGGAAUUAUUGAAAGAAACCGAAUCAUCCACGAAAAAUAUUUUUGGUCAGUACUCGUCUCAACGGAUGAAAGAUUGGCUGGAAAUCGUAAAGCUAUAUGAGAAAGACGAUAUAUAUUUAGCUGAAGCUGCUCAAUUAUUAGUUCGCAAUAUCAUAUAUGAGUUACCUUCUCUGAAAAAGCAGUCUCUUAAAUGUAAGCAAAUGCAAGAAGAAUGUAUUAAGAAAGAAGGUGAUUAUGCCAAGAAUGAACAUGCAAUGAGAGAAAACUAUAUUACUUCUUGUAAGCAACUGGGCAUUGAAGGUAAAAAUGUGAAAAAGGAGGUACUAUCAUUGGUUGAUGAGUUACCUACUACUCUCAAUACUAUAGCUGCUUCAGCAAAAGAACUUGCUUCCUGCCGUGAUUACUACUUCUCUUUUCUUAGUUUCACUCUAAAAGAAAUUAAAGAUGAAGCUUGUUUACCUUUACUGAGGCACAUAAUUGAGAAAGGUAAUACUACCACAUUUGAAUGGAGAACUGGAGAGGCACCUGAUGUUGUGGAGGUAACAACUCCAGCAUUUCCUUUGGACGUUGAUUGUACAGGUUCCGAUACACCCGAUGAUCAGAUAGAUUUUGGGGAUCUCGGUGGACAUUCUGAAUCAGGUGAUGAUAGAAGCUCCAUUUCUCCUAAUGGGGAUUUUGUGCAUGUUGAUAGAGAUGAAUGCAAACCUGAAAAUGGAGAACAAAUAGAUUUUGGAGACUCUGAAAUCAACUGGGAUAUAUCUGUGGUGGACACUACUGAAAUAAGUUUUAUUCAAACUCCUAGUGAAAGUGAAGGUAGCAAAGUUGCCAGAGGUACUGACGCAUUAUCAGUUCUAGAAAAUGAAUCCACUCGAAAUUCAUUUUACAAUGACUUGAUAGAGUUGGAAUCAUUUUUGGAGCAAAGAGUGCGUGAAAUUGAGUCCUAUAGUGGUGAUGUGUUAGCAUCAAAUUUGUUUCAAAAUGCCCCUCCUUUGUUACAAAUGCAGUCAGUUGAUGCCAUCAAAGAUAUGCUAAAUUCUGUAAAAGCUAUCUCUUCUCAGCUUAUGACUACAAAAUUAAAGCAUCUCUAUCUCAUAAAAAGCUCACCUAGGUAUGUUGAUAGAUUGGUAGAUACUUUAAAGAGCAAGCUUGAGACGGCUGAAAAAAUGGUUGAAAAUCAGAAGGUUGUGAAAGCUAAAUAUCACGAAGCCGUUAAUGAACAGGCAUCUAUCGAACCAAAAAUAGAUCUUAUUGUUGAGAAAACCAAAGUGCUUCUGUCUCAAGUUGAAAAGGACAUAUCUAAAAGAUACAAAAAUCGACUUGUGAAUAUCAUGGGAGGAAUGAGCGCUCUACAACAGAUAUCAGCACACUAACUCUACAUUGACAUGACAUUAUACAAUUAAACUGUUUCUAUCAAUUGUAAAUACAAGUAACUUUUUUUUAUUGAUAUAAAUAAACUCCUGUUUACGAAAUUUAAGGAAAUACAAUGCAUUUGGUUUAUAUUAUUUAUGUAGCUCAAAUAUAUCUGUUGCCGAAAUAAAAAUAUUUUAUCUACUUAA